GGCCAUUAGUAGGCUUUGACGAAAAGAAACAACAAUAAUGGAGAACGUUUUAAUUUCAAGUAACAGGAAAAGAGUAGUACACGCACUACACAGUAAUGAGAGUUCAUUCUGAGUUUUCCUAGAUGUAGAAAUCCGGUGCCGAUACCUCAGCAUUACAAUGUCGGGAACUCCCCCUAUACCAGAGCGUGUGGACAGUUUACAGAUUGACCAGCUUCCAUCCCUUCCUACCCAUCAACCUGUAGCAGACUCAGAGCAGAAUCCUGACUCACAAGGUGAAGACUCACUGAGCUCUGAGGCUAGUGCAGUAGAAUAUGAAACUCCAAACUUCUUUAAAGAUACAUAUAAAACUUUGAACAAUUUUCUUGAGAAAGGUGAACUGUGUGAUGUUGAGAUCCAGUGUGGAGAGAGAUCAUUUAAAUGUCAUAGACUCCUCCUGGCAAGCAUCAGUUGCUACUUCCGGGCUAUGUUUAUGGGGAAAAUGGCAGAAAGUAAACAAAGUGUGAUCAAGAUACAGGAUAUAGAUGAGAACAUUCUCGAAAACAUGAUCAAAUAUGCUUACAGCGGGAAGGUGACAAUAACUGUAGAUAACGUACAGGGAGUGCUAUAUGUUGCCUCCAUUCUUCAAAUUGAAAAUGUAGCUCAUGCGUGCUCAGAGUUCAUGAAGGAGCAUUUACACCCAGACAACUGUGUUCAGGUCCAUGGAUUUGCAAUGCAGCAUAAUCGGGAACAGUUAAUCAGAUACACACAAGAUUUCAUUACAGAUAACUUUCUAGAGGUUUCUAAAACCCCAGAGUUCAUGUCCAUGUCAGCUAAUGUGAUAGACAUAAUUGUUGGCUCAAGUAACUUGAAUGUUUCGAGAGAGGAGGAAGUGUUUGAGGCUGUGAUGAAGUGGAUUGAUCAUGAUAAGGAGAAUAGAAAACAGUACCUGGCCCAGUUGUUGGCCAAGGUCAAACUGCCAUUAAUCAAUACACAUUAUUUGAUGGAGAGUGUUGCAACAAAUGAACUUGUCAGAAGUAAUCUGGAUUGUCGAGAUUUCCUUGAUGAAGCAAAAUAUUACCAGAUGUAUGUAGGAAAUCUUCUAGCAGGCAUGCAGAUGACAGACAGAACACGGCCUAGAAAAAGUUAUGCUGGUGUAUUGUUUUGUGUUGGAGGGCGUGGUGCCUCAGGUGACCCCUACAAGACGAUAGAAUGUUACCACCCAAUGAAAGACCGCUGGUACCAGGUGACUGAGAUGCAUACAAGGCGGCGCCAUGUUGGUGUCUGUUGUUUCAAUGGUCAAAUAUAUGCUGUUGGAGGGCACAAUGGAAGCAAACAUUUAGGUAGCGGGGAGGUGUUCGACCCGAGCACAGCAAAAUGGAAGAAAAUUGCGUCAAUGGUUACACAGAAAACAGGCGUACGUGGUUUGGGUUUGUCUUGUUUGGGAGGUGCAAUAUACGCUGUGGGAGGUCUGGAUGACAAGACUUGUUUUGACACAGUGGAACGUUACGAUCCAGGAGCUAACAGCUGGACACAGGUUGCUUCCAUGAACUUGCCGAGAGGCGGUGUCGGUGUUGCUGCUUUAAAGGGAAACCUGUAUGCUAUUGGAGGCAAUGAUGGGUCAUCUUCUCUCAAUAAAUGUGAAUGUUAUGAUCCAUUUGUCAACAAGUGGACAGUGUUAGCCCCUAUGGGGAACAAACGUGCAGGGGCUGGUGUUGGUGUGCUUGAUGGAUAUAUCUAUGCUGUGGGUGGUUUUGAUGACAAUGCUUCACUAGACACAUGUGAGAAGUUCGACCCUCGUAGUGGCAAGUGGACCCCAGUCGCCAGGUUGUCUUGUCCCCGUGGAGGUGUUGGUGUGGCGGCACUCGGAGGGAGGCUAUACGCUGUGGGCGGCCAUGAUGGAUGUAACUAUCUAAACUCUGUAGAGUCCUACAACCCUCUUACAGACAGUUGGGAAAAAGAGGCCAAUAUAGAGAUUUCUCGUGCUGGGGCUGGAGUUGUUCUGUUACCUGGACCUGUGUCCCUGAUUCCGGACAGUUCCGACCUUAAUUAUUUCACAAAUUGUGGGGGAGCAGCUGGGAAACUUUGAGUGAGAUGUACGAGACACGUGCAGGGGCGGGGCUAGCUGCUUGUCCGAUGCCGAUGAAAACAUUCUCUGGCAUGUUCGAGAAUAAGGGAACAUAUACUGGACCACUUUAAUGCAUUCCCAGAGGUCAACAUAAUUCUCCAAACGAAAGCUUUUACGUUGUUUUGUGCAAUUUUUGUGUGAAUAUUUCCAUGGUUCACAAUAAUUGUUAAGUUACAAUCACUUUACUGUACGUAUUGGUUACUAUAUCGUAAGUGUAAGACCAUGUUAGGUAAUUGUAAUUGUGGUUGCCAUGGUUACAGUUUACUUCGUAUUUAUUUGAUAAAGAUAUUUAGAAAUAUGCAUGACACACUUGUAAAGUUAUAAAUUGUAAUGAUAUUACUGGUUCAAUGCCUAAAUCCGGACGGUGCUUAAUAAUUCGGACACCUUUAAAAAACGUUUUUUUACUGGAAUGAAAAUGAUCGACGCAAACGAACGCUUUGAUGACCAGUUGUCAACAACAGUGUGUAAAUGUAAGUAUUUUCAGAGAAAAUUACCUUCAAAUAUCCGCACAGCUUAAAGUAAAAAUUGUGUGUCGUGGGGGAUGACGUAAUACAGCGCACGCCAGUUAUUUCAGGUGUGGCGAGGUACUAAUUUAAUGAGAAAACAAUUUUGCCUGUUGCAGACGGCUCUUUUUCUUAGUUGAUCAAAACUGACGUAAAAACAUAUUUUACAAUUCUGUACUACCCUCAGCAUUUAUUUAAGAAAUUUAACCGACUUCUGUUACAUAAUAAUUAAUUCAAUAGAGAAGGAAGCAAUUCAUAAGAUAAAAUUGGCGCGGCGUCAUUAUAGUUGCGUCAAAAAGUAUAACGACAGCAACAGAAUCUGCAUGUGGGUGAGAAAAGUUGUAAACAUUAAUUUUCGCUAAGAUAGAUUUUAUUGCAUAUUAUAUUACUGUUCUAUUUGGCAGUUAAACAUUAAAUUAGAAACUAGUCCACAUGAUCACGUGAUUAACAGGUAAUAAAACUUCAACCGAACGAAGAUGUCUGUAUACAUUUACAGGACUGAAUCUGACUGCUUUGUUUCAAACAAAGUCGUGUUCAUUGUUAUUUUUUGGUGCACAGAUACUUUGCAUUUCAUACGGAAAUAGUGUCCGAUUAUUUAAGCACUCUGAAAGUCGAUUUUGACAGCUUUUGCUGGCCCACUUCGGAUGACUUUUUCUAUGAUGAAAUCAGCAAUAUACGACUUUCUUGUUUUGCAUAGAUUUAUAAAGAACCUAAAAUUAUACAUUUGAAAUGUGAUGCAAGUGCAGUUUCAGAAUGCAAAGUUAUCGUCAUAAAAUCACUGUGUCCGGAAUUAGGCACUGAACCAGUAAGUGAUUUCAUACAGGCCUAGUUAUUUCGAGGUCUGUCAUUGACUGGAAGUCAGAGGCCACAUGUCAAUAUGCCUUAACCCAGACAAAUAAAUAGGCCUGGUAUGAAAUAAUAUAAUCAGAAUUCACUGUUGACUAAAAGUAGAGAACAACUCCAGAACAAAUUUUGUUUCUAGUAACUGUACUAGUAUGUGAAAUUUUUUUAUCCUCAGUGAGGUUCACAUUGGUAUGUGUUUAUCAAGCACGUACCUACAAAUGCCUUGAAUGAGUAGAUUGGUAGUUACAUGAACUUUCUAUAGACACAGACCCUGACAAACAUGUACAGGACUAGUUUAGAGGAGAAUUCAACAAAACUUCACAUUAAUUCUUAUAUUUCUCUCACUUCGAAAUAUUCAUUAUACAUGUACAAUGUAUGUAGUGAUCCGGUGAAUCCAAUAGAAUAGAGACAAUUUAGUUAUCUGCUGAUACACUUGAUGAAGAUCUUGUUUUUGUAUUUUCUCAAUACCAAGAAGAAGCAACUGUGAUUGACAGUUGGUCAUACCAGAUUAGGUGUCAUUUUAACUUCAUAACUACAGCAAAGCAACUGUGAGUCCUUGUAUAGAAAGAAGAAAUGAAGUCAUUCCAUGUACUAACAGAACACUUAAUACUGGUAACAGCUGUAUAUAUGGCCAAGUUCAGGAUGUAGCUUUAAUUUAUUUUGAAGUUCUUUCUGUCGCUUACAAGUUAGUGAAUUAUUUUCUGUAGUAAUAUUGUAUAGAUUUCCUCAUGAUAAUUGCCAUCUAUACUCAAAUUUGUUUUGUAGUUCAUGCAAUAAUCUAUUUUGCCUUUUUUUUCCCGAGUCAGUCAAGUGCUAUUUUGUGCCAUUUAUGUAUAUGAUAUUUUCAGAAAUACAAAAUACUGCUAGCUUUUUGUUUGCAAAAGUGAACUAUAUUUUUAUCUAUAUGCAUAUAGCAGUGUAUGUUUUAAUAUCAUGUAAAUAAACAUUUUUUCUAGCUUAGAUUUACAUAAUUAUAUUUAUAUAACUAUUAUAGCAAUAAUACUUUAAGAGAUUCACUUAAAGAUUCAAGUGAAACCUGUGCCAGACCACCUUCAAGUAAAGGCCACUACUGUAAAACCUGCUCAUACAUGCCACAAUUUUCUCUUCAGGUUAAGUCAUAAGUGGUGUAUAUUUGCCUGUGUUGAGAUAUCUCCUGUCAAAAAAGACCACUUAUUUCCCAAGAGUGGUAUUUACAGACAAGUUUGACUGUACAAGUAUUUUACAUGCCUACUUCUGUAACUGUAUUUCACUGAGGGACAGUUAGGAUUGAGAAACUAGUGUAGUUGUCCCCGAGUGAAGGGAAACACCUGUCUUACCUUUUCAGAUACGCGAGAUUCUGGUUUUUUUUAUGUACCAUGUCAUUGCAACACUUCCAAACUUAUUGCGAGUUUAAGUCACACAUUGUAAAAUUUGUAUAUACAUGUAGUUUAUAGCGUCACAUUGUGUAUGUUUACCUGGUAAGGCGAUCAACCACAUGGACAAUCUUGUCUUUUUUCUACUAAGCAAGCAAGAUAACUUUAUUUAUUGUUAGUUUUACAGUCUAGCUUAAACCAGGAAGUAGGAUUUAAAUCCUGGAAAAAAAAGUUUUUCAUUUACUAUAUAGAUUAUGAUUUUUAGCUCAUCUGAUUUUUUGAAAAAAAAUGAUGAGUUAUUGUCAUCACUUGAGCGGUUGUCGGCGUCGGCGUCGGCGUUGCCUGGUUAAGUUUUAUGUUUAGGUCAGCUUUUCUCCUAAACUAUCAAAGCUAUUGCUUUGAAACUUGGAAUACUUGUUCACCAUCAUAAGCUGACCCUGUAUAGCAAGAAACAUAACUCCAUCUUGCUUUUUGCAAGAUUUAUGGCCCCUUUUGUACUUAGAAAUAUCAGAUUUCUUGGUUAAGUUUUAUGUUUAGGUCAACUUUUCUCCUAAACUAUCAAAGCUUUUGCUUUGAAACUUGGAAUACUUGUUCACCAUCAUAAGCAGACCCUGUACAUCAAGAAACAUAACUCCAUCUUGCUUUUUGCAAGAAUUAUUGCCCCUUUUGGACUUAGAAAAUCAGUUUUCUUGGUUAAGUUUUAUGUUUAGGUCAGCUUUUAUCCUAAACUAUCAAAGCUAUUCCUUUAAAUCUUGCAACACUUGUUCACCAUCAUAAGCUGACCCUGUACAGCAAGAAACAUAACUCCAUCCUGCUUUUUGCAAGAUUUAUGGCCCCUUUUGGACUUAGAAAAUAUCAGAUUUCUUGGUUAAGUUUUAUGUUUAGGUCAACUUUUUUCUCCUAAACUAUCAAAGCUAUUGCUUUAAAACUUGCAACUCUUGUUCGCCAUCAUAAGCUGACCCUGUACAGCAAGCAACAUAACUCCAUCCUGCUUUUUGCAAUAAUUAUUGCCCCUUUUGGACUUAGAAAAAUCAUUUUCUUGGUUGAAUAUUAUGUUUAAGUCAACUUUUCUCAUAAACUAUCAGAGCUAUUGCUUUAAAACUUGCAACAGUUUUUCACCAUCAUAAGUGGACACUGUACAUCAAGAAACAUAACUCUAUCCUGCUUUUUGCAAGAGUGAUGGCCCUUUUUAGACUUAGAAAAUCAUGGGUAGGACAAUAUUUCUAUUAUACAAAAAAAAUCAGAUGAGCGUCAGCACCCGCAAGGCGGUGCUCUUGUUUUAUAUUGAGCUCAAACAUAAAAUAUGUGAUAAUUGUUACUGCCACAUGAUUUGAUGGUAUGAAAUCCAGUAUAUAAUGAAGUAUGAAUACAGUAUGGACUAGUGUUGAAACAUUGAAUUUCAAAAAUAAAUACAGAAGUGUAUCAACAUUUUCAUUUUUUAAUACUUUACACAAAGUACAUGUGAUUGUUAUUGUUUAAAAAAAGAUACUUUAACAGUCCACUGUUUGGAUACAUUCAAUAUAUUUUUAGAGGUUUAACAUAUAUCAUCAUUUAGGCCCAGUAAGUUAACAACUACUUCUUCACAUUAAUGAAUGCAGUUUUCCACUUCCUGUGCUGUGCUGAUGAUGUGAACUGAAGGACUCUAGGUUCCUGUCUGGCUCACACAUACAAGUAUAGGAAAUUUCCUUUCCAUUAUAUAAGAUUAUAAAUUAAGAGUUCUUAUAUAAAUGAAAGAAUGCAGCGAGUACAGUUUCAAUGAAUGUCUGUUUAUGUGCUAUCUUUAUUGCAAAUGUUACUUCACUGAAACAUUUACAUUUUGGUUUACUUAUACAUUACAUUUCUAUACUGUGGAAUCAUUUCAUUCUGUGGACUUGAAAUUUCUUUAUUUUGGUCAAAACUGCUCCUUCAUGGAAAUGUUUUGUAUUUCAAAUUUUUGAGAUAAAAUGAAUAGAAGUUUUAUUAAUUUGUAUGUUCAGAUUUCAUUUUAUCAAUCAGUACAACCAUGAAAUCCACCAAAAAUAUUCCUCCCACAAUUUUUAUGAUCACACAGUAUGAGAGCCUGAAACACGAGUUGGUUCAUUACCAGUUUUACAAUAUUUAACCACGUUAUUUAUCUGUCUCAAAUAUAAAGCUCAAUUGUUAAAGUCUGGUUUGUUGAAAUAUAUAAUAAUGUUGAUCAUAUUUUUGUACUUUACCAGUAAAUCACUGUUUAAUGUGUUCUCACCAAUACUAUUCUAUGUAUAUUGCAGGGCAUUUCUUUACUUCUUGAUAGACCAUUUGACACUUUCUGCCAUAGUAAGAUUUUAAGAGCCAGAUUUGUUUGUAACUGAGGCCAAUUUAAGCAUCAGAAUGAUUUAGCCACUCCCAAGAAUCUCUUGGUAAUAAUUUGGUUUAGCAUCUGGGAUACUUGUAUUGGAUAAGAUCUGUCUAGUUUCAAUGCUGGCAACUGUAUGGUGAUGGAACAGAUAAUUUUUAUAUAAUUUACUCAUUUUUUAGCCUGUUAAAUCAUUUUUUAGCCUGUUAAAUCAUACAUCUGCCUAAUGUUAACAAAUGCUGAAGUCUAUUGAAGUCUUUCAUCUUUAGUUUGGAGACCAGUCUCGUCAUGCUACCCGGUAGUUUGUGAUUGGUUAAUUUUAAAAAUGUGUGCAGAAACCUCCAAUCAGAUGGAGUUUUGAGACUGGUUGUGUUACUCAAGUUUUAUUACCUGGAACACAGGACUUCAGUAAGCUUCAGUGAUAGGUGAAGCAGCCUUCAUGAAAAUUUCAAGCAUAUAUGUAGAAUCAUUUAAUAGAUCAUGAAUAUCAUGCACAUGACUGGGUCAUUUUUCGUUUUAUGAACACUACUGGUUUAGUGUAUUGGCUAAGCUUAUAUCAUUUUGUAUUGUGCUAUUUUUUUGCUUGCUAAAAUUUACCCAUUUAUAAAUAAAGCUAUUUAUAUAUUAGUUUAUUCUUAUAACUAUUUUAUGAACAGUUUAUUUGUUGUACAAUUGUUUAAGUAAAUAAAAAAAGGUUGAUGUGAAAAAA